AUGGAUCGUCGUUUACUUGCUCUCGUUGUAGUUGCAACCAUAAUGGUGUCCCUUUCAAAUGGUGGUCCCAUUCGGAACAAUGAAUUGAAUUUAUUCAAACGUGAUUUACAUAAUGUAGACAACAUUGACCAAGCUGUUACGGACCUCGGUGAACAGAACUUAGGUUUACGCAAACGGGAUGUGGAAGAUUUUACGGCUCCCGGUGAACGGAACUUAGGGCCACACAAACGGGAUGUGGAAGAUUUUACGGUUCCCAGUGAACAGAAUUUGGGUCUACGUAAGCGAGAUAUACAGCUUGGCGUUGGCUUUUCGCUGACUACAGAAUGA